GUAAAGAAAAGAAAAAAACCUGAAAGUGAUACUCGUCUCUCCUCAGUCAGAGACGCUGAAAAGUCCGGUUGUGAUCCUUCUCCCUUCAAAAUGGUUCCAGAAUCAAAAACGCUUCUGUUCUUCCCAAUGGUACUCGGGAACACCAUAAAUAUCCAUGUGGAGAUUUUGAGUCGGCUGAGGCAACGUCUUCAGCUUCGUGAAGCGUAUGCAGAGAACCACGGUGACGUCAUCAUCGCUUUUGUCCCAGUUGUAUCUCGGGCAGGAACGGACAUUGAAGCUGCUCUUCAGAGGAUCCCGAGAACGGGCCAGCCUGUUGUUCUCAUGGUGCUCCACUUCACAUUUGAUGAGAAUUACAUGGCUCCAAACAGCACCUGGAACCUAGACAGGGAUGAUGUAUUUGCUGUGGAUUUGCUCUGUUAUGAAGACAUUGGACUGCUCAGAUCCCAACGCAAUGAUGAGGCAUUGAAAGCUGUCACUGAUCAUCUGAUCUCUAAAGGAGCUUCACCCAAUACUCAGCUUCAAACAACCGGAUCACAGACACAAUGCAGUCCACUGGUAUUCAUCUUCUGUUUCAUUUUUGUUAUUUUAAUAGCGAUAGCCAUUGGUGUUGGUUUUUACUUGAAGACAUGGGCAAAUCGCACUGAACAUAAUAAUACCAUAGACAGUAGACCAGUAAGAAAUACAUUUGAUUGAUUUCUGUAAAUUAGCUACAGUUAAAUUACUGUAGACUUUUUUUUUUUUUUUUGGAAUAAGCACGGGACGGUUUUGACAAGUAAUGUGCAAACAUUAAACAAUUCUAGUACAACAACAGAAGACUUUCUUGUACAUAACAUCCAUUGUUACAUUUAAUGUAUAUUAAAAAUGAAAAGGCAGAACAAAGACACAAGGACCUUAAAGUGUCAGAUAUAUGGUUAUAAAUGUAUAUAUCGGUCUUAUGAAUUCUUUUCUUUUCUUUUUUUCUUUCCUUUUUUCUUUUUUCUUUUUUUUUUUUUUUUUACCUUUAAUCAGCAAUAUUUCACAUGCUAGGGCUUAAAUGAAAUGAGUAUUGUGUGACUAUGCAUGUAAGUGACCUGUUAAAUAAAAUGUAUAUAGCCUACUACUGUAUGCAUUUCUGUAUGAACAGGCUUUCACAAAAUAUGACUGAGAAUAUAUUACUGAUUUUUCUAUGAAAUAUUCAAUUAAAUAUAUCCACAACAUUA